UAUUCCCCCCUCCUUUUUUUUCGGUUUUAUUCCCCCUUCUUUUUGGAGUACAACACCCAAGCCAGAGGGGCCUACAAAACUUCCUGUUUGGUGAACUCCUAGGCCGCUUAGGCCUUCUGAGUCCGAGUAAAGACGACACAAACCUUGUGGCAAGUUCUCCACAGAUGCAUUUAUCGAAAAGCAAUGGAACACCUCGGCCUUUAAACAACAACUCCGAUAAGACCAAGGGGGAGCCGACCCAGGGGGAUAGGAAGCAGGAGAGGAAGGAGGUGAUGAAUGGGUCUACAGAAAGGAAGACCACGUCCUUGAGAAAAGCCCGAUCUGAAUCCUCCCUUUCCCUUUCCCCUUCCUCUUUCUCAUUGACUCCCCUGCAUGUGGAACAUCCGGACAGGGUGGAGCCCCAAAUAAAAACCUGUGAAGUGAGGAACCAUUGGGUUCCUACUAGACAUCCUAACACCACUAGAAAGAUUGCAGAUUGGACACUGGAAGUAAAGAAACCAGUUUUGUUUAUAGGGGACUCCAACCUGUCCAGAAUUCCCUAUUUUAGUGACGAAAAUGUUCAGGUGGAUAGUUACCCUGGAGCCAACUUUUUACAUAUAGCCAAGGUGUUACAAAAAUUAACCCCUAAUCCAAACACUCAAAAAGUCGUCCUAUCAUUAGGAAUCAAUAAUAGAGAACAAACAUUCGAAAGUACAACAAAAAAACAGUUGCAAGAGCUGUGGAGAAUUGCUGCAGUGGUUUUUCCCAAUGCCACGAUCUACACCCCAUUAUUAAACUACUCGGAUAUCCUACCUAGACGACAACAAGAAACUCUAACAAAACUGAACACUCAUAUACUGGCACAUGGUAAUCCAUUGCAGGAACUUCACCCACUUAGGUUCAAGGUGAACCCGAGGGACCCUAUCCACUGGACCACGGAAACGGCUUCGCAAAUGUUUACAUACUGGUUGGAUCAGUUAAACUUUUAGGAAUGGUGAAGUGCAAUAAAACAGACAACAAAAAGCACACCAACAUCAUUAACCUAUCCAAAACGUUUUGUCUCACAGGUCCGCAGGAGGAUUUACUCAGCAAGGGUCUC